CGCUCGCUUCCUCCUCCAUCAAUUCAAGAGGACUGAGCCCAGAAGCAGCACCCUACUGCACAUCACAGGCUACUGCGGCAGACGGGACGACUUCUGGACACUUUUGUCCAACCCUAAGUUCCGCUGCAGGGAAGGGGCACGACGCGCGCCUCACUUUUCUCCAAAGGGCGCCACUGGGCCACCUCGUGUUAUAUCUCUCCGUGUGGACCGAGCAUAACCAACUGGUCAGAUGCUCUGUGAACUCCAACCCUUCCAUCACUGAAGAAUACCUCUCUCUCUGCAACGAAAAACCAGACGCGCAGACAGACGCAGCAGUCCGUCGUCUCAACAUAAGCGCGCUGCUGCUGUCUCCGAAUCCCUGCACGCCGGAUGUUGCCAGAGAGCCUGUGUCUGUCGUUCUGAAAACAGAUCGUGCCGAUGGAUGGGAUCCAGCCUCCAGAACAUCCGAGGUGAUUUCGAGGAGAAAACGCUCGUGGUUAUUCCCAGGGACUCUGUGGUGUGGUGUUGGAAGCAGCGCCAUGGAGUACAGCCAGUUAGGAAUGUUUGAGAGUGCAGACAAAUGCUGCCGUGAGCACGACCACUGUGUGCAUAUCAUCCGCUCCUUUACCGUGAACUAUGGGAUGUUCAACACCAACCUUUUUACCGUUUCACAUUGUGACUGCGACCAAAGGUUCAGACAGUGUCUCCUCGGUGUGAACGACACCAUAUCUGACAUGGUGGGCUACAGCUUCUUCAACAUCUUGAGGGUGCCCUGCUUCAACCUCGUCCGACAGAAACACUGCACGGAAAAGUCCUGGUGGGGCAGGUGCAAGGUUUCCAAAGAGGCCCCCUAUGCUGUCUUCCAAAGGUCUUUGAGUUACAACACAUCAGUCGUCACAAGCAAACCUGCUGCUGUCCCCAGCAAAGGUGUCCCCGCCGCUUGCAUAGAGGGCUGCUUACCGACGAACCCAAAGAGGAGACCCAAGGUCAAACCCACAGACACGUCUGCUCCGACAGCUGCUCGGUGUAGGCCUAGAGAGCCACCGAGAGGGGAUACUUUCCAACCCAGGAGGAGGGAGGGGAAAGCCUGCCGCAAAAGCAGGAAACAACAUGUGACAGUAUCCGUCCCAAAGCAGCAGACCCCAUCGGGUGUACGCACCACUCCUGCGACCUCAUUACGGAAGAGGCCGCGGGCCAGAGCGCAGUUGGGAACCACCAGAGUUGCUUCUGGGGUCGGCGUCUCAGGUGGUAAAAAUAUUGCUGCUGGGUUGGGGGAGGCAUACGCAAGCUUGGCUACAUCAAAGGCGAUGCCCAGGGCGACAACCAACUCCACACCUUUACCACGGACAACCGUUUCUAAUCCAGAGGUUAGGGUUGCCACAGGGACCACCAUCCGCCCCAAACGUCAGAAGAACGUGCAAAUGAAACCGCGGCGCUGUUCGACUGGGCCGUCUGUCAUCAAAGGCGGACGCAAUCACCCGCGGCGUAAACCUUGUUUGGAAAAAACGGCACUGCCUCACAAAGCAGCUACUAGUAUACCCUUGACAGUUGAAACUGGAUCACCAAGGCAACUGAAAACCGGGGAGAAACAGAGGCCCCAUAGAACGGCCGCGGCAGCGUCAACUACAACGCAAGAGACCCCACCAGGUCUCCCUUCUACGAUUCCGGGAAUAAAAACAUCUGGGAUCCUGAGUGGAAAUAAAGACUCGUUCUGGGAUAAUGGUGACCCUCCAAGGAAUGCCAAUAAAGCACUUGCAGACACUGAUUUAUUAGCAGGCAGAAUGGCCCAUUGCACUGUUCUUAAAGUUUUGGAUGAAUGUAAAUACAGAAUCCCAGCUUUGGAGGAGAAGUAUGGUCUGAAGAAUACAGAGUCAAAGAUUGUCUACCACUGUGAUUGCAUUAUUCGGUUGACUUUUAAGCUGGAACACAUAAAGGCAACCCAGAGAAUUCUCUCACUCCUGGUGGAAUUCGUCUCCACGCGAUGCUUUGAUCUGCCAAUGCAGAAACGAUGUCUCAACCGAAAAAGAUGCGAUGGAUACUUCUCUCAAGCCCCUGCUGCCUUUCAAGGGCUUGAGGAGAAAUUGGAAAAGGACACAGCUGCACAGAAAAGGAUUCUCCAAGAUACAAAGACAGUGAUUCCUGUUCGCUUUUUCAAGCGAUGCCUGAGAACUGUUGCACCUGGCAUUAGCAGAUGACUGCACAUUUCAAUAC